GCUGCUUGCUGUCCUUCGAGGCGUAACGCGGUGAGCGAGGGCGCCUUUAGCCCCUCUCUUUGCUGAGUCCCUCCCCUCGUCGCGGUUUGAUUGCCGGGACUGAAGCGCGGAGUUAGCGGCUGCAGCAGCCCCCGCAGAUCGGUUAGCGUUCUUGCGAGGUCGCUCCGGCGUCCUUCUAUUUGCUGUCACUUGCGAAAUUGGCCGCCCGCUUUGGAGGUUGUUGAGUGAGUUGAUGGUUGAGGGAAGUUGAGAGGAAGAGAAGACAAAGGGGAUGAGGUGAUAGGAGGCGAUAGGGGACAAGAAGGUGCGAGCUCUGGGCUUCUGUGGAGCACUCCGGCGUGAAGUAUAUAUAGGAGUGUUGAAAUGCCUCCGUCAUGACAGCAAUUUUCUGGACAAGUAUAUUUACUGAAGCAAUUCGGAGUCUAAGACAGAGGGUUCUGUAGAUUACAUGUGUUAGGUCAUCAUGGGAGCUCAAAGUCAAGAAUUGAAUGGGAGUCGCGGCGGACAUUCAGAUCACACGGUGUCCUCCAACAAUGCCGAUUGUGAAUCACCUCGAGGCAGCUGCAGUAGAGCAAAAUUCGGAGCUAUUCGUGCCAUCAUAGCUACCUCUAAGUUUCGUAAUUCUCUUAAAAAACGACGCGGUUGUGGUGUUCAUCGAUCGAAGAACUUGUCACUGCCUAUCGAAGAUAUACGCGAUUCGAAGGACCAGCAAGCAGUCGAAGAACUUCGCAGAGAGCUGAAUAGCAGAAAUUUACUUCCGGAUGACCAUGAUGAUUACCAUGUUCUUCUGAGGUUUAUCAAGGCAAGGAAAUAUGACAUCAAGAAGACAGCAGAAAUGUGGAAAAACAUGUUAGCUUGGCGCACGGAGUUUGGCACAGACACAAUUGACGAGGACUUCGUUUUUACUGAAAUUGACAAAGUGAGGAAUUACUAUCCUCAAGGGUAUCAUGGAGUGGAUAAAGAAGGCAGACCUGUGUAUAUUGAAAGGAUUGGAAAAAUUCACGCGCAGAAUUUGAUGGAAGUCACCACUCUUGAUAGGUAUUUGAAAUAUCAUGUACAAGAGUUUGAGAAGUUGCUAAACUUGAAGUUUCCAGCAUGCUCUGUUGCAGCCAACCGCCCCAUUCACACUACUACCACCAUUCUCGAUGUAGCUGGAGUGGGUCUGAAGAAUUUCUGUAAGCCUGCGCGAGACUUGAUUGUUGCCAUCCAGAAAGUUGACAACGACAAUUAUCCUGAGACGCUUGCACAGUUGUUUAUUGUUAAUGCUGGGCCAGGGUUCAAAAUGCUUUGGGGCACUAUUAAGGGCUUCUUGGAUCCUCAUACUGCAGCAAAAAUUCAUGUCAUAGGGAACAACUAUCAGAAGAAACUGCUUGAGAUUAUUGACGAAAGUAAUUUGCCAGAUUUUCUUGGUGGAUCUUGCAAAUGUCCAGAAGAAGAAGGUGGAUGUAUGCAGUCUGACAUGGGUCCUUGGAGGGAUCCAGAUGUUCUGAAGGUCGUAUUAGCUGCAACUCAGGUCAAAGGUGCAAGAGAAAGCGUCUCUUCUGCAAUGGAUUUUGCUGAUUCCUUCCAAGAAGAGGACAUAAAAAGGGAAAUAGGGCAUGAAAUUGGUGGACAUGAUGAGUCUACUGCUGAUUCAGGAGAGAAGAGUGUGGAUCAUCCUAAUUUAAAGAUGUCACCAGCGAAAGCAGACAAGCCAGGCACUGGAGCAUUUCCUAGAGGAUAUCGUAGAAAGAAUGAGGGUCAAACUUAUGAAGAAAUUUCUGUGCCCGAGUGGACGACACGUGCAAACGCUCGGUCGAUGUUAUCGUCUCUGCUCUUGGCUAUUCUGGAUUGUUUUAGCUUUCCAUACCGGCUAGCCUCAAAGAUGCCGGAAGGGAAGGAUUCACAGGACAAGAUGAAGGCUGAUGAAUUUGCCAAAACUACAGAACUCAUUACCAGUCGCAUGACUCGGCUUGAAAAAGAUAUCACCAUAUUGUCUUCCACGUGUUUAGCUGCUAAAACAGUUCCAGUGUAUCCUUCCGCAGAGAGGAUCGAAUAUCUUGAAGCAGAACUUGCAGAAACAAAGAAGGACCUGAAGGAGGUCUUGGCAAAGCAGGAGGAGCUUAUCGCAACAUUGGAGCAAAUGAGAGAGCUCUGUAAGAAGAAAAAGAAGUCAACCAGUAGGCUUCAUUGUUGGUGAUCUUACGACCCCUUCGCAUCUAUUAUGAGACCACUUUAUCUGCCAUAAGUGCGCAGUGCCGUGGACUAUAUUUGUCCUUUCAGGCAUUUGCAGGCAUCGUAGAGCAAUCAUGAAGUCCUUGUUGGUCUGGGGUAUCAGCGAGCCGGUCGAAGUUAUGGACUAGCUAACAGCAGACUUCAUCCAGCAGAAAUGAGAUUAUGGCUGUUCCUUCGGGCUAUAAUUUAGCCAUAGCAUCCCUGCAACUGGGAGAAUUGUGAAUAAGACGACUGCGUAGCUAAGCUUCUGCAUUCAGAUCUCCUAAUGCGGUGUGCUUCAUCUUUAGAUAUAUGUAGACUGAUCGGAUCACAUGCCAAAUUUAUUCCAAAGAUUGCCUGAUUCUGGGCAGGUGGAUAAUGAAUUCUUUUCAUCAAGCAGCAUAGAAAUGAUUUUUGUACAAAUAGCUUUACGUGAAUCAGUUGAUGUUACUAAUGUGCUUGAUUGACAAGCACACGGUCUGUUAGAGGGGGUAUGUAUUAUCCCAUGUGCCCGAUUCUGCCCCUGAUGCAGGAAGAAUAUAGCAGUAUAUUUUUAUACUAAUUUCCAUUGA